CCACCAAAAAAAAAAAACGCCAGAAAAUGAUGCAGUCGAGUGUAGUGAUUGUGGGUCUGAUCGGAUUGAUGCUAGUGGGCAUGUGCCACGCCCAGGGACGCAUUAUGGGCGGCGAGGAUGCGGACCCCACGGCCACGCCCUACGCCGCCUCCUUGCGGGUGGACAAUGUACACGCGUGCGGCGGAUGCAUUCUCGCCCAGACCAAGAUCCUCACCACCGCCCACUGCGUCUAUCGCGAUGGAAAGCUAAUCGAUGCCAGUCGCCUGUCUGUUCGCGUGGGCAGCACCAACCAGUAUGCCGGUGGCAAGAUACUCUUUGUGGCAUCGGUUGCCGUGCAUCCGGACUACUACUACCUGGACAACAACCUGGCCGUGAUCACGCUGAGCACGGCGCUAACCUACACCGAACGGAUCAGUGCCAUCUCGGUGGUGGCCAGUGGUGAGGCACUGCCCGCCGUGGGAUCGGCGGUGAGCGUGGCGGGUUGGGGUCACACCAGCGACGGCGCCACCUCGUACAAGAUCCUUGAGACGAAGCUAACGGUGGCCACGGAGGCGAGCUGCCUGGAUGCGUACAGUGGACAUGGCGAGCAGAGCUUCUGCCUGGCACACGAACUGAAGGAGGGCACCUGCCACGGCGAUGGAGGCAGUGGCGCCGUCUAUGGCGACACCUUGAUCGGACUGACGAACUUUGUGGUGGGCGCCUGCGGCUCCCGCUAUCCGGAUGUCUUUGUGCGCCUCUCCAGCUACGCGGAUUGGAUUCAGGAGCAGAUCGCCUAGUUAUUGCCAUAACACUUCAUGUUUCCUUUGCAAGCGAAGCUAAAAUAAUAACUAUUUUCCAAACCCUUUUACCCCAA